UCAAUAUAUUAAAUUUCCUGGAACACCAGAGGAAAUAAGACGGAACCAGUUAAAUUUUUACAGAAGAGCCAAGUUCCCAAGAGUCAUUGGUGCUAUUGACUGUACCCAUGUGAAGUUGUGGGCGUUGUGGCAAUCACCAGGUGGAGAAUCCGCUGAGCGUUUCCGGAACCGCAAAGGAUAUUUUUCGUUAAACGUUCAAGCGAUAUGCAAUGCUAAUUUGGAAAUAAUUGAUGUUGUUGCAAGAUAUGAUGGAAGCACUCACGACUCCAGAAUAUUUCGAGAGUCAAAAAGAAGAGCUUUAUUUGAGCAAGGAGUUUAUGGGGACGCAGUACUGGUAGGAGAUAGUGGCUAUGCCUCUGCAAAUUACAUGAUGAUACCACUACAAGAAUGCCAUACACCAGCGGAAAACUUGUAUAAUGAGUCACAGAUAAGGACGAGAAAUGUUGUUGAAAGAUUUUUCGGUGUUUGGAAAAGACGUUUUCCAGUAAUGGCUUUAGGUUUACGAGUAAAACUGAUGCGUGUUUUCCCUAUCAUCACUGCAACAUUAGUAUUGCAUAAUAUUGCCCGAAUAGCUGKAGAAGAAGUCCCCAGAGGCUUUGAUUUGAUACUCCCUGCUCCUUGGGAAGAAAUACUUGCCCAGGAUAACAUAGACAUUGAAUAUGAGCCAAACCCUAUUAAUCGAAGA